AUGGCCACUGACGUGAGAAUCGCCCAGGCAAUAGGGACGCUUGGCUGUGCAGUGGCAGCAGGCGGCAUUGCCACAUUGUCCAUAAUGAGCAUUCCGAAUAUCAUGCUUCCAGCCCGUCGCCCAUCCGGCGCGACACUGCCAUUCCAUGAUACCCCAGGAACCUCGACCGCCCACAUGACACACCAGUGGUUUGCUCUGUAUGAUCGUGGCGCCAGGAUUUUCCCCGGUAUAUCCGCAGCAUCUUCACUCGCAAACCUUUAUGCACUCUGGGAAUUACGAGGCUCUCUUACCCCUGGCCCGGAUAUCUUUGGGUCCAGCUGGUCCACAUGCUAUCUGCUUGCUGUGGGAGUUACGAUGAGCACUGUGCCUUUUACGUUAACGGUUAUGAAGAAGACAAACGCCAAACUGAAGGCUCAUGCAAAGCGCGAUGAUGCGGCCGGCGCCGAGGGUACUGAGGGCAUGGUGGUCAGUCCGCAGGAAAAGGCGAAACGGGCUAGGGAGGAUAGCGAGGUGGUUGAACUUUUGCAGCAUUGGGCGCAGUUGAAUUUGAUCAGGGCUGCCUUCCAACUUGUUGGGGCUGGCAUUGGGUUCUACGCUGCUGUCUCCAGCUGGAUAAUUCCUUAA